AUGAAGUCCUGCAGCCCCAGCUCCUCCUCCUCCUCCUCCUGUGACUCGGGUUCGGAGUCCGAAUCUGCCAAGGGCUCUUGUGGUGGCGAGACGUCGGUGCGCCGGCGUAUGGCAGCCAACGCCCGGGAGCGGAAGCGGAUGCAAGGCCUGAACACGGCCUUCGACUGCCUGCGCAAAGUGGUGCCUCAGUGGGGUCAGGACAAGAAGCUCUCCAAGUACGAGACCCUGCAGAUGGCCCUCAGCUACAUCAUGGCCCUCGACCGCAUCCUGACCGACACACACAGGAGAAAUAACAGCAACAACAGCAACGGCAACAGCGCCCCGCACAGCCAGUGGCUGGACUUGCAGUUUGCAGCUGACGCACUGCAGUUGCAGUCGGAGGCCUACUCGUUUGGCUGUCUCAUGUACGAUUCUCCUGGAGAGAGUGACUUGGCCCAGCUGCCCUUUGGCUGCCAUUUUGAGGGCUUCGGAGUGUCCUCCUAAAAACCUGAAGGUCAGAUUUUUGGAAGUCAUCUUCAUCUGUGUGAUGGGGCAACCUGGUUGUGUUACUGAUGACUGACUGUUAUUCACACAGUCGGUAUGCUGGAACCCCGCUUUGUCUUCAUGCCCAAAAGAGGGGUUUCAAAAUGUACUGUAUUCACACUGUGAAGACAAACGUCAUUGUCACAACUACAGGACACAUACACACACACAACAUGCAUUAAUGAAUGUCAAGGGCAUAAGGUUCACAGUGAAUGAUGUCUUGAGAACAAACAUUCAUCUGUGAGCUUUAAUUGUACUGUCACACAACGUAGCCUUGUUUUUUGCUUUGUAUCAAAUCUUCUAAAUAGGGCCCUAAAUUGCUUGUAAUUGCUUAGUAAAAGCAAUGUGUGAUGUCAUAUUUGUCAGACUUCUGCCAAACUGACAAUUGCUGUAAGAUAUUUAUUUUCUUUAUAAGAUUAUCAUUGUGUUUUUUGUUUGUUUUAUUUGUAUUAUAAUUAUAUUGUCUGAAAUAAUUUCUUGCUGGAAUGGUAGGAAGAAAAACAUUUGCACAGUAUUUUAGAGUCAGUACAAGAUUCGGUUUG